AUGGCUGCAACAAAUAUUGCUGGCGAACGCAGAAAAAGUUGGGACUGGCCUCUUCAAAAGAACGACGAAUUUGUGGAGGUCAUAGAGGAUGCCGACCAUUUCGAAGUUGGCUUAGAUGUAAAGUAUUUUGCACCAAAGGAGGUCCAGGUCAAAACAAUGGGAGACCUUAUCCAAGUGUUGAUGGAGCACGAAGCAAGUGAAAGCGAUCCAAGUAGGAGUAUUAUGAGGUAA